AUGGCAACCCCUAAGUACAAUAAUGUGUUACCUGUACUCGGGCUGGCUGGCGCCUCUUACGUGUUUCCCGAGGGAGCCCAAGGACCGCCCGCCAGUGCACAGGAAACACUUACCUCCGCCCCGCUACCUGGAGGAGGAGAUAGUGGCUUCCCUGGUGCCAGUCAACAGUUUGGUCUUAAUGGUAUCAACGGGAAUGCAGUGGAUAAUCUAUCAGGUGGCAGAGGAAGCCAACAGAUCUUCGGCCACGAUGGUGACGCCGGUGAUAUCCUGGGCAGCUUGGUUGGGGAGAGUCGACGGCAGCAGAUCUUUAGCCUCGUUGAUAAAGAUCCGAUAGAGCUGCUCGAGGAGGCCAUUGCUGGUGGCGGUGUUCCUGGGGUGGACUACACCAUCCUCUCCUCUGUCCCUCUCACCGCCUUCUCCUGUCUGGGUCGACUUCCUGGUUACUACGCUGACACUGCCCCCGAGGCCGGCUGUCAGGUGUUUCACAUCUGCCAAGGAGGAGGAAGGAUCAACUCGUUCCUGUGUCCCAACGGCACCAUCUUCAACCAGCAGUAUUUUGUGUGUGACUGGUGGUUCAACUUUGACUGUUCCACUGCUGAACAGUACUACGGCCUCAACGCUGAAAUAGGCAAGACUGACGUGACGCUGACCGGCGCCACCAUCUACGGCAUCAAUGAAUUCCCUCAAGCGUCUCGCACAGUUACAAGUGUUGCCGGUGUUUUCGGCGGAGCUGGGCCUGCUGAUGACGCCCGCGGUGUUUCCGGACCUAUCUCAAGCAUUACGGGUUCUUCAGGGUCUUCUAGUGGUCGUCCUGCCUCUCCCGGCGGUGGUCGUCUUGGCAGUAACCUCGGCGUUACAUCUGGUCUAGACGGCUCACACAGUUCUGGGAUUGGUGGCCUUCCUGGUGGUGGUUUUGGUUCACCCAUCCAGAGUGUACCUGCUGGUACUGGCAGCAGUGGUCGACCUGGGAGCGGCUAUGAGUAUGGUCCUGCCACACAAGGUUCAUCACUGAUUCCUAUUGAAGGACUCAGUCGUACUCCUAGCAGCGCUGGUCGUCCUGGUAGUAUUAGACGUCCAUCACAUGAUUUUGGUAAUCAUCCAGGUGGUAGUUUAGGUACUCAGAGUUCACCAGUAGAUUCAGACAGCAGCAAUGAGAUUCAUCAUGGUAGUGACGUCAGCGGCAGCGGCUCGUCUAGUGCCAGUAGUGGAACAGCUACAAGCAGCGUGCUUGGCUCAGGUGCUGGUCAAAGUUUUUCACCUGAAGAAUUUGGAAGUGGUGGAUCUGAGAGCGGAGUUAGUGCAGGCUCUGGUCCACAGGGCGUAGCUGGUAUUAGUAGCAGCAGUAGCACUCCUAACACUGGGUAUGAGUAUGGUCCUGCCACACCAAGUGUAUCCCUCAUUCCUGGUACACCUGGUCGUCCUACCUCGAGUACCGAUACUCGUCCUUCUGCUGAUGCUGGUGGCCGUCCUGGCACUAGUGCUGGUGGUCGUCCAGGCACUAGUGCUGGUGGUCGUCCUGGCACUAGUGCGGGUGGUCGUCCUGGCACUAGUGCGGGUGGUCGUCCUGGCACUAGUGAGGGUGGUCGUCCUGGCACUAGUGCUGGUAGUCAUCCUGGCAGCACCUUUGGCUCUACCACCCAAGGUGUUUCCUCUACUACUGGCAUCAGUGGUCGUCCUGGUAGUGGCUACCAAUAUGGUCCUGGCACACAAGGUGUAUCACUUGUCCCUGGUGAAGGAGUUCGACCUGCCCCUGGUAGUCGCCAACAUGUCCCUGGUAGUGGUCGACCUGUCCCUGGUAGUGGUCAACGUGUCCCUGGUAGUGGUCAACAUGCCCCUGGUAGUGGUCAACCUGUCCCUGGUAGUGGUAGUCCUGUUCCUGGUAGUGAUAGUCCUGUCCCUGGUAGAGAUAGUCCUGCCCCUGGUAGUGGUCAACCUGUCCCUGGUAGUGGUAGUCCUGUCCCUGGUAGUGAUAGUCCUGUCCCUGGUAGUGGUCGACCUGUCCCUGGUAGUGGUCGACCUAUCCCUGGUAGUGGUCAACCUGUCCCUGGUAGUGGUCAACGUGUCCCUGGUAGUGGUCAACAUGCUGGUAGUGGUCAACCUGUCCCUGGUAGUGGUCAACGUGUCCCUGGUAGUGGUCAACAUGCCCCUGGUAGUGGUCAGCCUGUCCCUGGUAGUGAUAGUCCUGCCCCUGGUAGUGGUCAACCUUUCCUGGUAGUGGUCAACCUGUCCCUGGUAGUGGUCAACCUGUCCCUGGUAGUGGUCAACCUGCCCCUGGUAGUGGUCAACCUGCCCCUGGUAGUGGUCAUCCUGCCCCUGGUAGUGGUAGUCCUGUCCCUGGUAGUGGUCGACCUGUCCCUGGUAGUGGCCGUCCUUAUCCUAGUGCUGGUACUGUUCAUUCACCAAGUACUGCAUUUGGUACCACCCCAAGUAGUGGUCGUCCUACCUCUAGUACUGGUAUUCGUCCUUCUGCUGAUGUUGGUAGUCGUCCUGGGACUAGUGCUGGUGGUCGUCCUGGCAGCAGCUUUGGCUCUACCACCCAAGGUGUUUCCCCAACUACUGGCAUCAGUGGUCGUCCUGGUAGUGGCUACCAAUAUGGUCCUGGCACACAAGGUGUAUCACUUGUCCCUGGUGAAGGAGUUCGACCUGUCCCUGCUAGUGGUCAACCUGUCCCUGGUAGUGGUAGUCCUGCCCCUGGUAGUGGUCGACCUGUCCCUGGUAGUGGUCGUCCUGUCCCUGAUAGUGGCCGUCCUGCCCCUGGUAGUGGUAGUCCUGUCCCUGGUAGUGGUCAACCUGCCCCUGGUAGUGGUCAACCUGUCCCUGUGGCCGUCCUGCCCUGGUAGUGCUGCUCCUGGUAGUCCUGUCCCUGGUAGUGGCCGUCCUGCCCCUGGUAGUGCUGCUCCUGGUAGUCCUGUCCCUGGUAGUGGUCGACCUGUCCCUGGUAGUGGUCGACCUGUCCCUAGUAGUGGCCGUCCUGCCCCUGGUAGUGGUAGUCCUGUCCCUGGUAGUGGUAGUCCUGCCCCUGGAAGUGGUCGUCCUACCUCUAGUACUGGUAUUCGUCCUUCUGCUGAUGUUGGUAGUCGUCCUGGGACUAGUGCGGGUGGUCGUCCUGGCAGCAGCUUUGGCUCUACAACCCAAGGUGUUUCCCCAACUACUGGCAUCAGUGGUCGUCCUGGUAGUGGCUACCAAUAUGGUCCUGGCACACAAGGUGUAUCACUUGUCCCUGGUGAAGGAGUUCGACCUGUCCCUGGUAGUGGUCAACCUGUCCCUAGUAGUGGUCGACCUGUCCCUGGUAGUGGUCAACCUGUCCCUGGUAGUGGUAGUCCUGUCCCUGGUAGUGGCCGUCCUGCCCCUGGUAGUGCUGCUCCUGGUAGUAGCCGUCAUGACCCUAGUAGUGGUAGUCCUGCCCCUGGAAGUGGUCGUCUUACCCCUGGUAGUGGUAGUCCUGUCCCUGGUAGUGGCCGUCCUGCCCCUGGUAGUGGUAGUCCUGUCCCUGGUAGUGGCCGUCCUGCCCCUGGUAGUGCUACCCCCGGUAUUGGCCGUCCUGCCCCUGGUAGUGGUAGUCCUACCCCUGGAAGUGGUCGUCUUACCCCUUCUAGUGGUAGUACUACUUCUGGUAUUGGUAGUCGUCCCAGUGCCUCUGGUGCCUUCGGGUCACCUGCUCCUUCUGUUGACAGUAAUGAGAUCCGUCCAGGUAGUGGACUGGCCUCAGGCACACAAGGUGCAUAUGUUGCCACGGGAAGUACGACCCGACCUGUUAGUGGUUAUGAGUAUGGUCCAGGUACACAAGGCGUGUCACUAGUCCCAGGUAGUGCUCGUCCUACGCCUGGUACUGAUGGUCGUCCAAUCACUAGUGCAGGAGGUCGUCCUGGCACUAGUGCGGGUGGUCGUCCUGGCAGCACCUUUGGCUCUACCACCCAAGGGGUUUCCCCUACUACUGGCAUCAGUGGUCGUCCUGGUAGUGGCUACCAAUAUGGUCCUGGCACACAAGGUGUAUCACUUGUCCCUGGUGAAGGAGUUCGACCUGCCCCUGGUAGUGGUCAACCUGCCCCUGGUAGUGGUCGACCUGCCCCUGGUAGUGGUCGACCUGUCCCUGGUAGUGGUCGACCUGUCCCUGGUAGUGGUAGUCCUGCCCCUGGUAGUGGUAGUCAUGUUCCUGGUAGUGGUCGACCUGCCCCUGGUAGUGGUCGACCUGUCCCUGAUAGUGGUCGACCUGCCCCUGGUAGUGGUCGACCUGUCCCUGGUAGUGGUAGUCAUGUUCCUGGUAGUGGUCGUCCUGCCCCUGGUAGUGGCCGUCCUUCUCCUAGUACUGGUACUGUUCAUUCACCAAGUAAUGCAUUUGGUGCCACCCCAAGUAGUGGUCGUCCUACCUCUAGUACUGGUAUUCGUCCUUCUGCUGAUGUUGGUAGUCGUCCUGGCACUAGUGCGGGUGGUCGUCCAGGCACUAGUGCUGGUGGUCGUCCUGGCAGCACCUUUGGCUCUACCACCCAAGGGGUUUCCCCUACUACUGGCAUCAGUGGUCGUCCUGGUAGUGGCUACCAAUAUGGUCCUGGCACACAAGGUGUAUCACUUGUCCCUGGUGAAGGAGUUCGACCUGUCCCUGGUAGUGGUCAACCUGUCCCUGGUAGUGGUAGUCCUGCCCCUGGUAGUGGUCGACCUGUCCCUGGUAGUGGUCAACCUUUCCCUGGAAGUGGUCGACCUGUCCCUGGUAGUGGUCUACCUUUCCCGGGAAGUGGUCGACCUGUCCCUGGUAGUGGUCGUCCUGUCCCUGGGAGUGGUCGUCCUGUCCCUGGUAGUGGUCGUCCUGCCCCUGGUAGUGGCCGUCCUUCUCCUAGUACUGGUACUGUUCAUUCACCAACUAAUGCAUUUGGUACCACCCCAAGUAGUGGUCGUCCUACCUCUAGUACUGGUAUUCGUCCUUCUGCUGAUGUUGGUAGUCGUCCUGGCACUAGUGCGGGUGGUCGUCCUGGCACGAGUGCUGGUGGUCGUCCUGGCAGCACCUUUGGCUCUACCACCCAAGGUGUUUCCCCUACUACUGGCAUCAGUGGUCGUCCUGGUAGUGGCUACCAAUAUGGUCCUGGCACACAAGGUGUAUCACUUGUCCCUGGUGAAGGAGUUCGACCUGUCCCUGGUAGUGAUAGUCCUGCCCCUGGUAGUGGUCGACCUGUCCCUGGUAGUGGUCGACCUAUCCCUGGUAUUAGCCGUCCUGUCCCUGAUAGUGGUCGACCUGUCCCUGGUAGUGGUCGACCUAUCCCUGGUAGUGGUCGACCUAUCCCUGGUAGUGGUCGACCUAUCCCUGGUAGUGGUCGACCUGUCCCUGGUAGUGGCCGUCCUGCCCCUGGUAGUGGUAGUCCUGUCCCUGGUAGUGGCCGUCCUGCCCCUGGUAGUGCUACCCCCGGUAUUGGCCGUCCUGCCCCUGGUAGUGGUAGUCCUACCCCUGGAAGUGGUCGUCUCACCCCUUCUAGUGGUAGUACUACUUCUGGUAUUGGUAGUCGUCCCAGUGCCUCUGGUGCCUUCGGGUCACCUGCUCCUUCUGUUGACAGUAAUGAGAUCCGUCCAGGUAGUGGACAGGCCUCAGGCACACAAGGUGCAUAUGUUGCCACGGGAAGUACGACCCGACCUGUUAGUGGUUAUGAGUAUGGUCCAGGUACACAAGGCGUGUCACUAGUCCCAGGUAGUGUUCGUCCUACGCCUGGUACUGAUGGUCGUCCAGCCUUUGGCGCUGGUGGUCAUCCAGCAACUACUAUUAGUGCUCAUCCAACCACUAGUGCUGGUCGUCAUCCAACUACUAUUGUUGGCGGUCAUCCUGGCACUAGUGCUAGUAGUCAUCUUGGCAUUAGUGCGGGUGGUCGUCCUGGCACUAGUGCUAGUAGUCGUCCUGGCAUUAGUGCGGGUGGUCGUCCUGGCACUAGUGCUGGUAGUCUCCCUGGCACUAGUGCUGGUGGUCGUCCUGGCCCUAGUGCUGGUGGUCGUCCAGGCACUAGUGCUGGUGGCCGUCCUGGCACUAGUGCUGGUGGUCGUCCUGGCACUACUGCGGGUGGUCGUCCUGGCAGCACCUUUGGCUCUACCGUCCAAGGUGUUUCCCCUACUACUGGCAUCAGUGGUCGUCCUGGUAGUGGCUACCAAUAUGGUCCUGGCACACAAGGUGUAUCACUUGUCCCUGGUGAAGGAGUUCGACCUGUCCCUGGUAGUGGUCAACCUGCCCCUGGUAGUGGCCGUCCUGCCCCUGGUAGUGGGCGUCCUGCCCCUGGUAGUGCUGCUGCUGGUAGUGGCCGUCCUGCCCCUGGUAGUGCUGCCCCUGGUAGUGGCCGUCCUGCUCCUGGUAGUGGCCGUCCUGCCCCUGGUAGUGGUAGUCCUGUCCAUGGUAGUGGUAGUCCUGUCCCUGGUAGUGGCCGUGCACCCUGUGGUCGUCCUACCUCUAGUACUGGUAUUCGUCCUUCUGCUGAUGUUGGUAGUCGUCCUGGCACUAGUGCGGGUGGUCGUCCUGGCACGAGUGCUGGUGGUCGUCCAGUCACUAGUGCUGGUGGUCGUCCUGGCACUAGUGUAGGUGGUCGUCCUGGCAGCAGCUUUGGCUCUACCGUCCAAGGUGUUUCCCCGACUACUGGCAUCAGUGGUCGUCCUGGUAGUGGCUACCAAUAUGGUCCUGGCACACAAGGUGUAUCACUUGUCCCUGGUGAAGGAGUUCGACCUGCCCCUGGUAGUGGUCAACCUGUCCCUGGUAGUGGUCGACCUGUCCCUGGUAGUGGUAGUCCUGUCCCUGGUAGUGGUCGUCCUGCCCCUGGUAGUGGUAGUCCUGUCCUUGGUAGUGGUCGUCCUGCCACUGGUAGUGGCCGUCCUUCUCCUAGUACUGAUACUGUUCAUUCACCAAGUACUGCAUUUGGUACCACCCCAAGUAGUGGUCGUCCUACCUCUAGUACUGGUAUUCGUCCUUCUUCUGAUGUUGGUAGUCGUCCUGGCACUAGUGCUGGUGGUCGUCCUGGCAGCACCUUUGGCUCUACCACCCAAGGUGUUUCCCCUACUACUGGCAUCAGUGGUCGUCCUGGUAGUGGCUACCAAUAUGGUCCUGGCACACAAGGUGUAUCACUUGUCCCUGGUGAAGGAGUUCGACCUGUCCCUGCUAGUGGUAGUCCUGUCCCUGGUAGUGGUAGUCCUGUCCCUGGUAGUGGUAGUCCUGCCCCUGGUAGUGCUGCCCCUGGUAGUCCUGUCCCUGUUAGUGGCCAACCUUUCCCUGGUAGUGGUAGUCCUGUCCCUGGUAGUGGCCGUCCUGCCCCUGGUAGUGCUGCCCCUGGUAGUGGCCGUCCUGCCCCUGGUAGUGGCCGUCCACUGCCUGGGCAGUGGCCAGCCUUUCCUGGUAGUGGUAGUCCUGCCCCUGGUGGUGGCAAGUCCCUGUUCCUGGUAGUGCUGCCCUGUGCUGCCCCUGGUAGUCCUGCCCCUGGAAGUGGUCGUCUUACCCCUGGUAGUGGUAGUCCUGUCCCUGGUAGUGGCCGUCCUGCCCCUGGUAGUGGUAGUCCUGUCCCUGGUAGUGGCCGUCCUGCCCCUGGUAGUGCUACCCCCGGUAUUGGCCGUCCUGCCCCUGGUAGUGGUAGUCCUACCCCUGGAAGUGGUCGUCUUACCCCUUCUAGUGGUAGUACUACUUCUGGUAUUGGUAGUCGUCCCAGUGCCUCUGGUGCCUUCGGGUCACCUGCUCCUUCUGUUGACAGUAAUGAGAUCCGUCCAGGUAGUGGACUGGCCUCAGGCACACAAGGUGCAUAUGUUGCCACGGGAAGUACGACCCGACCUGUUAGUGGUUAUGAGUAUGGUCCAGGUACACAAGGCGUGUCACUAGUACCAGGAAGUGCUCGUCCUACGCCUGGUACUGAUGGUCGUCCAAUCACUAGUGCUGGAGGUCGUCCUGGCACUAGUGCGGGUGGUCGUCCUGGCAGCAGCUUUGGCUCUACCACUCAAGGUGUUUCCUCUACUACUGGCAUCAGUGGUCGUCCUGGUAGUGGCUACCAAUAUGGUCCUGGCACACAAGGUGUAUCACUUGUCCCUGGUGAAGGAGUUCGACCUGUCCCUGGUAGUGGUCUACCUUUCCCUGGAAGUGGUCGACCUGUCCCUGGUAGUGGUCGUCCUCCCCCUGGUAGUGGUCAACCUGUCCCUGGGAGUGGUCGACCUGUCCCUGGUAUUGGUCGACCUGUCCCUGCUAGUGGUGGUCGACCUGUCCCUGCUAGUGGUGGUCGACCUGUCCCUGCUAGUGGUGGUCGACCUGUCCCUGGUAUUGGUCGACCUGUCCCUGCUAGUGGUGGUCGACCUGUCCCUGCUAGUGGUGGUCGUCCUGUCCCUGCUAGUGGUGGUAGUGGGUCUAGUAUCCCACAUUCUCCCUCAGUUGUUCCCGGCAUUACAAGGCCGAGUGGGAGCGCCGGGGUGGGUGAAGUCAUCUCCGCCGCUGGUGGUGAUGGCGGCAGCGCUGGUCAAGGUGGCUACCACUACCCUACACCAGCUGUUCCUUUCAAUCUAUUCUGA